GACAUCACGCCCCUGCAGGUGGUUCUGCCCAACACCGCCCUCCAUCUCAAGGCAUUGCUGGAUUUUGAGGACAAGGAUGGAGACAAAGUGGUGGCAGGAGACGAGUGGCUCUUUGAAGGACCUGGCACAUACAUCCCCCAGAAAGAGGUGGAAGUCGUGGAGAUCAUUCAGGCCACGGUCAUCAGGCAGAACCAGGCCCUGCGGCUCAGGGCCCGCAAGGAGUGCCGGGACCGGGACGGCAAGGAGAGGGUGACAGGAGAAGAAUGGCUGGUCACCUCUGUGGGGGCAUAUCUCCCAGCAGUGUUUGAGGAGGUUCUGGAUUUGGUGGAUGCCGUGAUCCUUACAGAAAAGACAGCCCUGCACCUCCGAGCUCGGCAGAACUUCCGAGACACGAGGGGAGUGGCCCGCCGCACGGGGGAGGAAUGGCUGGUAACCGUGCGGGACACGGAGGCCCAUGUGCCAGAUGUCCAUGAGGAGGUGCGGGGGGUCGUGCCCAUUACCACCCUGGGCCCCCGCAACUACUGCGUGAUCCUCGACCCAGUCGGACCAGAUGGCAGGAACCAGCUGGGGCAAAAGCUCGUGGUCAAGGGAGAGAAGUCUUUCUUCCUCCAGCCAGGGGAGAGGCUGGAACGAGGCAUCCAGAAUGUAUAUGUGCUAUCGGAGCAGCAGGGACUGCUGCUGAGGGCCCUGCAGCCCCUGGAGGAGGGGGAGGACAAGGAGAAGGUCUCAUGCCAGGCUGGGGACCGCUGGCUCAUCCGCGGGCCCCUGGAGUAUGUGCCGUCUGCCAAGGUGGAGGUGGUGGAAGAGCGACAGGCCAUCCCUCUGGACGAGAACGAGGGCAUCUAUGUGCAGGACGUCAAGACCGGCAGGGUGCGCUCUGUGAUUGGGAGCACCUACAUGCUGACCCAGGACGAGGUCCUGUGGGAGAAGGAGCUGCCCCCAGGGGUGGAGGAGCUACUGAAUAAGGCGCAGGACCCUCUGGCCGACCGGGGUGAGAACAGCACACGCAAGAGCCUGCAGCCCUCAGCUCCCCGGAACAAGACCCGCGUGGUCAGCUACCGUGUCCCCCACAACGCCGCUGUGCAGGUGUACGACUACAGAGAGAAGAGAGCUCGCGUGGUCUUUGGACCCGAGCUGGUGUCUCUGGGUCCCGAGGAGCAGUUCACAGUGUUAUCCCUCUCGGCCGGGCGGCCCAAGCGUCCCCAUGCCCGCCGUGCACUCUGCCUGCUGCUCGGACCAGACUUCUUCACAGACGUCAUCACCAUCGAGACAGCAGACCAUGCCAGGCUGCAGCUGCAGCUCGCCUACAACUGGCACUUUGAGGUGAGUGACCGGAGGGACCCCCAAGAGGCGGCCAAGCUCUUCUCAGUGCCUGACUUCGUGGGUGAUGCCUGCAAGGCCAUCGCAUCCCGGGUGCGGGGGGCCGUGGCAUCCGUCACCUUUGAUGACUUCCAUAAGAAUUCAGCCCGCAUCAUCCGCACAGCCGUCUUUGGCUUUGAGACCUCAGAAGCCAAGAGCACUGAUGGCACCGGCCUGCUCAAGCCCCGGGACCAGGCCAUCUUCCCCCAAAAUGGGCUGGUGGUCAGCAGCGUGGAUGUGCAGUCAGUCGAGCCUGUGGACCAGAGGACCCGGGAUGCCCUGCAGCGCAGCGUCCAGCUGGCCAUCGAGAUCACCACCAACUCCCAGGAGGCAGCAGCCAAGCACGAGGCUCAGAGGCUCGAGCAGGAAGCCCGUGGCCGGCUCGAGAGGCAGAAGAUCUUGGACCAAUCGGAGGCUGAGAAGGCUCGUAGGGAGCUCUUGGAGCUGGAGGCUCUGAGCAUGGUUGUGGAGAGCACCGGGACUGCCAAGGCAGAGGCCGAGUCCCGUGCAGAGGCGGCGCGGAUUGAGGGAGAAGGCUCCGUGCUACAGGCCAAGCUGAAAGCACAGGCCUUGGCCAUCGAAACGGAGGCUGAGCUCCAGCGGGUACAGAAAGUACGAGAGCUGGAGCUGGUCUAUGCCCGGGCCCAGCUGGAGCUGGAGGUGAGCAAGGCCCAGCAGCUGGCUGAGGUGGAGGUGAAGAAGUUCACACAGAUGACAGAGGCUCUGGGCCCCAGCACCAUCAGGGACCUUGCUGUGGCUGGGCCAGAGAUGCAGGUAAAACUGCUGCAGUCCCUGGGCCUGAAAUCAACCCUCAUCACCGACGGCUCCACUCCCAUCAACCUCUUCCACACAGCCAUGGGGCUGCUGGGGCUAGGGUCUGAGGCUCAGCCUGCAGCCAGGAAGGCAGCUGGCAUGCCCGCUCCCCAGGGGGGCUUGCCUCUCCAGUCCCUUCCUGUCCCUCAGUCUCCUGGAAGCAACCAGAUUGUGCCUUAGCUCUCUACUGCACUGGCCACUGGCAAAUAAAACUGACGUUUCUGGGCAUUUAAA